AUGGAGAAUAGAACACCAACUUCAAUAUUCACUGAUCAGGACCAAGCAAUGGCAAAUGCAAUUGAGCAGGUGCUUCUUAAUACAAGGCAUAGACUUUGUAUCUGGCAUUUGGAACAAAAUGCCAUAACCAGAUUUGGAGCUCUUAAAAAAGACAAAGAAUUCAAGUAUGCAUCCAACCAGUGCUUAAAGAUGUGUGUGACAGAACAAGAAUUUGAAGCAAAAUGGCAAGCAAUGAUGCAGAAAUAUGAGUUGACAACACACUCUUGGAGUGAAAACACUAAUCAUGCAAUAGGAUUCAGAGCAAGUAAAGCAACUACCUUGACAAAAUUUAAUACCAUAUUUAAGAAAACAAUAAAUCGUUGGAGAAGCAUAGAGAAAUAUGAUGAGUUUACUUGUAGCAAGUUAAUAGCAUUCACUUCAUUGCCACUGUCAGGAAUGCUAAAACAUGCUGCACAGGUUUUCACUUUGUCACUCUUUAGAGAUUUUGAAGAGGAGUUUGGAUAUUCUAUGGCAACAACUGUUCAAAUGAUAGGAAGAAAUGAAGAAUGUCUACUUUAUCAGGUAGCCCUGGAAGACAAGCCAUGGUCUGCACAUCAAGUAAACUAUAUACAUGAGAGCCAUAAUGUAUGGUGUACUUGCAAAAAUUUUGAGGCAUCUGGAUGGUUAUGUUAUCAUUGCAUCAGAAUUCUACACUUGCAUUCAGUAACAAGAAUACCAGACAAGUAUGUUUCAAAAAGAUGGACUAAGUUUGCAAAAACAGAGGCAUGGGAUAGGUUGAAGAAUCAGGAUCCUACACAUCAAUAUAUUCCAUGGAGACAAACAAUGAUAAGGAAAUACUACAAUCUAAUCUUAAAGAGUCAAGAAAAUGAAGAAACAAGAGAAUUUAUGGAAGAAAGUUUCACAAAACAGUCUUAA